AUGAUUGCAUCUAGAGCACUAACCCGUAUACGACAGAGGGUGAAUAUUAAAUAUGUAGUCUCCUUGCAAAAGUUUAACGUGUCUAGUUUACUGUUGAGGUCGCCACAUCUUCUACAUCUACGGUUUGUAACCACCCAACACGCUCCAAAUACAUCUAAUUUGUCAUCACCAGUUGAUGGCCAUACCAAAUAUAGCGCUAAGCCCACAUUAGAAGAGAAGAGGGUGCUCAUAGAAUCCAUAAAGAGCCCACUACAGACCAUACGAGAAAAGAUUAGAUCCAAGGCAUUCAAGUAUCCAUAUCACUUUUUGAAUGAAGAGACAGAUCAACAACUAGACCUACUUGAGAACUUUAUGUCUACGGUUAGUGAACAGGUUAUGAAAUGUGGCAGCCUUGAUGACCGGCAUCUCACUUUUAAGGAAUUCAUCAAUCCCAACAUCAGUUUCUUACCAAUCCUCAUUCAUGCCAUACAACACGAUCAGUUUCCGAAAGAGAUGCUUGAGAUAUGCAACUUGAAUGACAAGGAUGAGCUACUAGAGCGGAUUUUAACUCAUACCUUGUACAAGGAGUAUCUCGAGCACAAGAUUGAAACCACACCCUAUGAAAAAACAAUGAUUGACUUUUCUAACCCGGCCCAAUGGUUCCCUGAGGCAAGAAAAAUGAAGCGCAAGAUCGUUAUGCACGUGGGGCCCACAAACAGUGGGAAAACCUAUCACUCUUUGCAAAAACUCUCAAAAGUCAAGACUGGAUAUUAUGCCGGUCCAUUGAGAUUGUUGGCACGAGAAAUUUACGAAAGAUUCAAUGAGCAAGGCAUUGGAUGUAACUUGAUUACUGGUGAAGAGGUGAUUCCAUCGAUUGACGAAUAUGGCAGAGUGAGUGGGUUGGCUUCCGGGACGAUUGAGAUGAUUCCGUUACAUAAGAAGAUGGAUCUUUGUGUUAUUGAUGAAAUUCAAAUGAUUGGAGAUGCACAAAGGGGGUCGGUGUGGACCAAUGCAGUCUUGGGGGUUUUGGCAAAUGAGAUUCAUUUGUGUGGAGAAGAGAGCGCAGUUCCAUUAAUCGAAAAAUUGGUCAAGGUUACCGGAGAUGAGUUGAUAGUCAAGAGGUUUGAGAGAUUGGGGAAAUUGACUGUGGAGAAGAAACCAACUAGCUUGAAAACUUUGAAGAAAGGUGACUGUUUGGUUGUAUUUUCCAAGAGGAAAAUCUUGGAGUACAAGUGUAGUAUUGAGCAAGAGACAAAGUUGAAAGUUGGUAUGAUCUACGGCGCAUUGCCGCCAGAGAUUAGAGCUCAAGAGGCUACCAGGUUCAAUAAUGGAGAAUAUGACGUACUCGUUGCAUCCGACGCAAUUGGUAUGGGUUUGAAUUUGAAAAUCAAUCGUAUUGUAUUCAGUGGGAUAAACAAAUUUAAUGGAUCUGAAGUGGAGAAUUUGACCACUUCGCAAGUGAAGCAAAUUGCCGGCAGGGCAGGGAGGUUCAGUGCAGAUCAUGGUUCUAAAGAAGGAUUGGUAACAGCUUUACAACGUGCAAGCUUGUUGUAUAUCAGAGAAUGUCUAGAAACACCAAUUUCUGAGCUUGAAAAAGCUUGUCUUUGGCCUACCGAUCUUGUGUGGAAAUACUACAUGACAAAUCACUCCACUGAAAGUCCGCUUUCUGAAACACUUUCCCAUUUCAUUUCCAGCACUCUGAAUUUCAAGUCUGAUUUGUAUUUCUUAGCUGAUUUGGAAGUCAAGACGGGCAUUUUGGAAAUCAUAUCAAAGGAUAAAGUUUUGAAAAACAUGUCAGUAGAUGAUCAAUUGACAUUGAGUGAAACACCCGUAUCCAUCCAUGGUCCAAUGAACAAAGAGUUGGUUAUUCCAACAGUCAAGAAAUUCUUUAAAAACAUUGUUGAACGAAGCUGUAAAACUGUGUUCGAUUUUGGAUUUUUGAAUUUACAACUUUUGUCAGCAAAGCCUUUACUCAACAAGAAUAUCAAAGUGCCCUUGGGGAAUGUUGAGGAGUUGGAAAGCAUGCAUAAGUUGAUCUUGUUGUUUUUGUGGUUAAGUCAGAGGUUCCCCACUUUGUUUAUUGAUAAACAAUCAGCUAUGGAGUUGAAGGCUCUUGUGGAGAAGAGAAUCACUGAAGAGUUGAAUAAUGUGAGACGGAUGAAUAAGAUGGGAAGGAGAUGA